AUCUGAUCAAGCAGCGGCAAAAGCGAAAAGACCAAGAUGGCGGACAGGGUGACUGUCGCUUUUCGGAGAAGUUUCAUUCACAUUUACGAUCUUUAUACCUCUAUAGAUUUAAAUACAGCAUGUUUUUUACGCCCGGAUGUGUCUUUUCCAAAGCCCACGGAACCGAAUUUGAGUUCGUAGUGACAGAAGGUGGACGACGACUGCCAUGCUAAGAUGGCGACGUGCGGCAAAAGACAACACGAAAGAGAAUCAGCCACGCGGAAAAAGACGAAAAGUGCGGAUGAAGACGUCCAGCAGCUGAUCGGUCAUCCAGAAGGACUUUCCCCUCCGUCAGGGAAGAGCUCCACUUUGAAGCAGGAGACUCCACAACCACCCCACGUUGAAAAGGAAGAGGAGGAACUGUGGAUCACUCAGGAGGGAGAGUGUCUUCUAGGACCGCAGAAGGCUGAUCUCACCAAGUUGCCUCUGACUGUUGUCUCUGUGACAACUGAAAAUGAUGAAGAGAAACCCCAACCAGACACCCUCUUAGCUCCACUAUCAGAUAGUGAGGCUGAAGACGAGGUUGAAGUGACUUUGAGCAGCGAUACAGACUGUGAAGGUGAUAUGAGGACUCACACUGACAUCAAACAUUUGGAAUGCUCUAAAGAGAAGCCUUUGAGCUGCUCAGUUUGCGCUAAAAGUUUUAAUAAAAAGUACAAUUUCACUCAACACAUGAGAACGCACACGGGAGAAAAACCGUAUAAGUGUUCAGUUUGCGGCAAAAGCUUUGUUUCCAGGUCGGGUUUGACUAAACACAUAAUGAAACACUCUGGACAAAAAACAUUUACUUGUUCAGAAUGUGGUAAAAGCUUCCUUCAUAAGAGCAUUUUGAUUCAACACAUGAGCACACACACCACGGAUAGACCAUUUAGGUGUUCGGUUUGUGGAAAAUGCUUUUCUCUGAAAUGCAGCUUGACUCGACACAAAAGAACCCACACUAGAGGGAAAAAAUGUUUUUGUCCGGCUUGUGGUAAACGUUUCCCUCACAGGAGCAACUUGAGCGAACACAUGAGAACGCACACUGCAGAAAGACCAUUCAAAUGUUCAGUUUGUGGUAAAAACUUUCCUCACAACAGCAAUUUGGUUAAACACAUGAGAACACACACAGGGGAAAAACCAUUCAAAUGUUCAGUUUGCGGUAAAUGCUUCUCUCAAAAAUGCAGUUUGACUCGACACAUAAGUACCCAUUAAGGAGGUAAAACAUUUUUUUGUUAAAUUUGUGGUAAACGAUUCCAUUGCAAUGCAGACGCUGUAACACACACAGGAGAAUAAUCAAUCAGCUGUUUAAUGUGUGGCUCAUAUGAAAUCCACACAAACCCAGGACCUCUUCAAAAAAGGUCUUAUUGCUUCUUUCAGAAAUAUCCAAUUUCAUUAUCAAUAGUGCUAUGGUGGACUUUAUCAGGAAGUCUGAAAUAACUUUUACCAAAAUCCAUAUUGGAACAUUUCCCGCAGGCAAGAGAGAACAUGCAACAUUUUCACUCUGCUUUAAUUUCUUGCUCAGAAUACACUUGUUUGUCCACAAAAUACUCGACUCCUCAAAUUUAAACCAAGUUUCUCUUAAAAAACAAAACAAGAUCAUUAUAAAACUGACAUAUAAUAUAAUUUUGGAAGGAAAUAACUAAAUAUUGUUUUGGCUUCUGAAGAGCCAUAUUUGUGUGUUAGCGUGUUUGAAUAUGUUAAAUUUCUUCCAUUUUAAGGAUUUUUUUUUUUAUAACGUCACGUGGGUUCACUUCCUGUUGUAUGAAGACAUGUCAGUGUACAGAUUUUAAUAUUUACUUUUGCUGUACAGUAGAUGUGUUUUAAUAUCUUGAUUUAUUGCCCGAUUAGUUUUGAUAGUCUGAGUAUAUUUGUCGUAUGAACACAUUUUGUUUUAUAAUCAUAUUGUUGCCAUUUUUUAAGACAUAUUGUUUUAUAUCACUUACGGAAAUAAAGAUUACAUUUUAAAAA